AUGGCCGAGAUCGCUGGGCUUGUCUUGGGAGUAGCCGGCCUUGUGGGCGUGAUAGGUGCGUUUAGAGAUGCUAUAGAUCUCUUUAAUGAUUUCAUGAGCUCGCGAAAAUUCGGCCGCGACUACGAAAUACUGGAGACUAAGCUCGAUAUUGAGAGGACGAUUUUAUUGCAAUGGUCCGAGCAGGUGAAACUCUUACAGCCUGACCAUGACCAAAGAUUAAACGACCAUACUACCCAAUGGGCUAUCACUCGUAUUUUGGGAUGCAUCAAGCUUCUAAUGAACGACGAAACUCGACUAAAGGAUCGUUAUGGCCUAGAAAGGGAGGGUGAAUACCGGCCUAUUGAUAGUACGGAGUUUGGGGCUCCUGAGCACACCAACUACGUGCCUAUAAUCAGUGGUCGUCGAAUGGCAAAGUUCGUCAGGGAAUUCGAGGCAAUGAAAUUGCGAAGUGAUAUACGCGACAAGACAACAACAAUAGGCAAGCGAAUUCGAUGGGUUGUUCGAGAUAAGGCGAGGUUCGAGGAAGUGGUUAAAGAGUUGGCCCAUUUUACCACGAAACUUACUCAGAUUGUCCCGAUAUUUGACAAUCGAGCGAUCACACGCCGUGCAACGGAACAGGAUGUUGCUACUAUUAGGAAUCUCAGAGGACUAAAACUCGUCCACGAAGCAUCGGUUGGGGGUAGAAUAGUAGUCGCAGAAUUGACUGAGGAACAUCUUACACGUACUUGUAAGGAGCAGAUCCUUCACGGGUUAUGGUUCAGAACUAUCGAUGAAAGGAGAGAGUCUAUUUCUAAAGCACAUUGUAAAACAUUCCGCUGGGUACUUGAGCCACCCCAGGGAACAUAUCUAUGGGAUGACCUCUCGGAAUGGCUUCAAUCUGGCUCGGGGAUCUACUGGGUUUCUGGGAAGGCCGGGAGUGGCAAGUCAACGCUGAUGAAACAUUUAAUCCAGCACAAACAAACCAGGAAACUUCUCUCUAGAUGGGCUGGAGACACACAAUACUUCCUAACCCACUACUUCUUCUACAAUAUGGGGACUUAUGAGCAAAAGUCCCAGGAGUGGUUAUCGAGAACUCUUCUGUAUCAAAUACUUUCUGAGCACCCGGAUCUUAUUCCCGAAGCCCUCCCAAAUAUGUGGAAGCAACUUUAUGACGACAGCGUUUCUGCAAGCUUGCCAUCUGUAACCGAAACUAAAUAUGCGUUCCGGGUACUUGCGACGAAGGCACCACAGAUCUGCAAGUUUUGUUUUUUCAUCGAUGGGCUUGAUGAGUUCGUGGGAAAUUAUCACGAUGGCAUUGAUUUUCUCAAAGAGCUUGUUAUGAACCCUCAUAUCAAGAUUGUGGUCUCGAGUAGGCCUAUUCCAGAUUGCGUUGCAUCUUUCAGCGAACUUCCAUCGUUAGAUCUGCAUCAUUUAACACGUGCUGAUAUUAAGUCUUAUGUUGAAGAAACUAUUGGUGGCCAUAGGUACAUGCAAGGUCUCUUAAAUCGACAUACCGUCGAGGCAACAGCAAUUAUGGAAGGUCUAGUCAACAAAGCUUCGGGGGUCUUUCUCUGGGUUAUUCUCGCUUGCAGAUCUCUCACACUAGGUUUCGCGGACUUUGAUAGGAUUCACGAGCUACAACGUCGCGUCGAUGAGCUGCCACCAGAGCUUGAGCAGAUGUUCCAACAUAUGCUCAAUGGAAUCAACAAGCGUCAUAGAGAGCAGGGAUCUCGAAUGCUGAGAAUAUGUUUUGAAGCGCGACAAGCACAGGACAGGCUAGAAUACAGCGACAUGACCUUACUCGGCUUAGCCCUAAUCGAUGAUGACUAUACGAAUAUGGAGCGAAUACCAACUUUAGAGAGAAGCCAGAAACGUACAUUAUGUGAAGAACUUGAAGGGCGGUUAAGGAGUCGGACAGGAGGAUUGUUGGAGACAAAUUGGAGUGAAGAGGAACACGAUACAAAGAUCGAUGGAAGAGUCAUAUUUAUGCACCGGACUGUCUUUGAAUUCCUAAGCAAUGAGAAAUCAUGGGAUCUCGAGUGUUUACGGCCCCCGAAUGGACUCCAGGCUGCCUCGGAGCUGUCUCGCAUUGGUCUCUAUUUGGCUAUGGCGAGCAUCCCCUAUAAUUCCACGCAGGCGACGAGCUUUCUAUGUGACGGGUUUUAUUGGGGAGCCCAAUCCGAUUCCCAACAUCCUGAAAGCAAAAAUAACAUCUUCUGGGUUAUUCAGCCAUUUAUCGAUACUCUAAAGCCAGAUCCACAAAACGAAGAUGAUAUGCUGGGGCGGAUUGCCGAGGCGAAUAAACUGUCAUCGGUAAUAGUAGACCUUGCUGUUGAGGCUGGUGCAAUAAAUUUUGUUAAGAGUAAUGCUUCUUCUCUACAGGAUGAUCUGGCAAUUCCUAGAAAGGAUAAAUGGUCUAGCUUGCUGUACCACGCGGUGUCUCUUCCCUUGACCUGUGGGGGUAUCCGAGAGUGGCUUUACGGCAGAGAUAUGUCUGGGUUACUUUCUGAAAUGGUGUCUUUGUUGAUUUCCUACGGCGGAGAUCCGAAUUACGAAAUAUUCGAUCCGAGAGAGGCGGUUACAACAACCCCAUGGCUUAAUUGGCUGGAAUCAACAUCAUGGAUCGUUCUAGAUGAAAGUGACCGGUUACUACCUGCAGAAGUUGCAGAGAUCUUUCUACGCUCUGGGGCCGAAAUAUCGGAAGAUUUUCGCCAGUGGGUUCAGGCAGAACUUCAGAAGAGUCCUCACCGUCGUGUUCGGAAAGCGGGCUCUAAGCUACUCGAUCUAGCCGAGCAGCUAGAGUUUGAGAAUCCCCUGAAUUGCUCCAAUGAAGCUGAAGAAUCCAGUGAGAAUAAGAGAAGUGAAACAUUCGUAUGCGGAGGAGUAUCUUCGUAUUUCAAUGCCCAAUGUCUACCGAAUUUACGGAAGAGGGAAGGCGAUGCGUUCCCAGAAGACUAUUGCAAACGAGUCCGUUCGUUAAGCCACUAA